GAGGCGUCGUCAAAGUCAACCUCCAACUCUGGUCGUUUGUCGAUCCCCGGAUUGCGCGUCUGCCUGACCCUGAACCCCCGAUAGCAAACGACCGAGCUCGGUUCGACUGCUCCCAGUGACGCUCCCCGACACCUUGGUCCCUUCUGCUCCACCUCUCGCGUGCGAGCAAGCCCGCCCGUCUGGCAUCCUGCGCCGGAUCGACGACUUCCUGAAACCGAUAUCCCAGCCGGCUCGUGCUGCCGCCGAACGAUCGCGAACCGUAACACGAACCCGCCCAGAGAGGACAAGGAAUAGCACACCUAGAUAAUUUGAGCCUUGAGAGAAAAACUGUCAAGAGACGAAGACGGAAUAAGGAACGGCGCAUCACGUCCGCCUUGUCAACUCGCAACACACCGCCGCCGCCGCUGUCGCGAACAACGACAACAAUACUUCAAGCCAUGGUGCCGAGCGCCAUGCAGUCGGAACCCUCGAUGGAGGACCGGCAAUCUGGCGUCGACCGCCUCCAGACCAACUUUGAGAGCUCCUCGGAUACCCUCACACUUCUGCGCAGCUUGCCCGAGCCGCCAAUCGAGUCGCAGGUAUGCGUAAUUGGUGCUGGCCCGGCAGGUCUCAUGCUUGCAGCCAACCUGGGACGCAUGGGCGUCAAGGUAGAGGUUGUUGACGAAAGAGCUGAUCAGACGCCUGUGGGCAGGGCGGACGGAUUGCAACCCAAGACAAUCGAGACGUUUCGACAGAUGCGCCUCGCGGACCCCCUGCUGAAGCGCGGCGUUCGAGUUUAUGACAUCUCUUUCUGGAGGAGUACCGCCGAAGAGCCGCUGCACAGGCUGGGUCGCGAGGUGCACUACCCGCCCGUCAUUGACGUCCUGGACCCGUACAUUCUGCUGGUGCACCAAGGCAUGGUGGAGAGCCUCUUCAUUGACGACCUGAAGAAACGCGGCGUUGAGGUGCGGAGGAACACGGCUUUUGAGUCGUUCAGUGUCCCGGAGAACAAGGCCGGCCCAUUGCAAGUGAAUUGCAAGGCCAAUGUCACCCAGGACCGGAGGACGAUAUUGACACAGUACCUUGUCGGCUGCGAUGGUGCGCACUCCAAGGUCCGCAAGAGCAUCCCCGAGGCGAAAGCCAUUGGCCUUUCGCAGGCUGCCGUCUGGGGUGUGCUCGACGGCGAGCUGAUCACCGACUUUCCCGAUAUCUGGUCCAAGACUCUCGUCUACUCUCAGGAGCAUGGAUCCAUCCUCAUCAUUCCUCGCGAACGCAACAUGACGCGAUUCUACAUUGAGCUGAAGUCUGCUGGCGCCAAGGUCGAUAGACAGCAGCUCGGCCAAGAGUUUGUCAUGCGCCGCGCCAAGCAAAUCAUGGCGCCUUACAACGUCGAUUGGAAAUACAUCGAGUGGUUCGGACGCUACCAGAUUGGCCAGCGUGUCGCCAGCCGUUUCUGCGACUCGCACCUGCGCGCUUUCCUCGCCGGCGACGCCUCGCACACUCACUCGCCCAAAGCCGCUCAAGGCAUGAACACGUCCAUGCACGACUCAUGGAACCUUGCCUGGAAGCUCAACCUCGCAGUAAGAGGCCUUGCCAAGCCCUGCCUACUUGAGAGUUAUGAAGAGGAGAGGAGGAAGAUUGCUCUUGACCUUGUCAACUUUGACUAUGAGCACGCCAAUCGCAUCGCCGGUGGUGACGCUGUUGCUUUGUCCGAGAACUUCAAGACCAACGUGCGUUUCAUCUCGGGCGUCGGCGCUGAGUACGCCGAGAGCCCUCUCAAUCAGACGGAACCCCAGGGUAUGCUCAUGGGUGACGCCCGGCCCGGUUGCCUGCUGCCACCGGCCAAGGUGACACGCUACAUCGACUCAAACCCCGUCGACAUUCAGCUCGACAUUCCCAUGAUGGGCCAGUUCAGAAUCUACCUUCUCAUGUGGGACAUCCAAGCAUCCAACCCAUUCCUGGAGACCUUCUGCCAGGCCAUCGCCUCGACAAACUCGUUCAUCAGCAAACUGUCCGCCGCCGCCAGUGCCUCAUACGCGGCGCAACCCCGUCUGCCCUCCUCGGAAGACAUCUACUCGCGGCCGGAGCGUUACACUGCCGUCAGCCACCUCUUCACCUUUGCCCUCAUUAACAGCCGUUGGACCUUCUAUCUUGAUGACAUUCCUGAGCAGGAUACACGCGGCACACUGUGCACGAACAAGUGGCUCGGCAGUCUCGGCCCCGGCGAGGUCGCCAUUGUCAACGUUCGCCCCGAUGGCUACGUCGGCUCCGUCGGAAGGUGGGACUCGAGCGUUGACGACUCGGGUGUCGAGGCGGCCAGGUGGCUGGACAGAUACUACGACGCGUUCUUGCAGCUGCCUAACGGCGGCGGGGCGGCAACAAGGUCGCCUUCUGCAUCUGCGGCGGGAACGACGCCCAUGGCGACCGAGUAGAGUAGCGUCUCCCUCGGGGAGGCAUGAUGCCGUGCUAUCUUGGACUUGGUGUUGGGGCGCCGAUGUGCUUUCUUGACCGGUCAGCCCAUCUUGGGGGGGUUCUCUUUGCAAUUACGUGGAGUCGGGCCAGACUAGAAGACUGUUCAUUUCAGGAAUUUGGGUUCGCAGGGGGUAGAUAUAUUCGAACCGAUGCCAAACAAAUUUGGACAACGCUCUAUUAGACGAGAACACGACCAAAUGGAACAUCUUUUAAUCUCUU